AACAUGGCGGCUGCCAUGGAGCUGAGAUGCUGGGGAGGAGAUUGGGGUUUGCCUUCUGUCCACACCGAGUCCCUCAUAGUUUUGGCAUACGCUAAGUUUUCAGGGGCAGAAGUCGCGGUUUCUCCUAUAGACUGGACAUGGAAAACUCUAACAGCGACAGUCCCAGAGUUGCUUUGUGGAGGCUCUGCAGUGCAAGAACCAGCGCAGAUACUCAACUUCCUGAGGAAACAGAGGUUUAAUGCAGACUAUGAGCUGACAGCCAGACAAGGAGCAGACACCAUGGCAUACAUCGCCCUGCUUGAAGAGAAACUGCGACCAGCUCUGCUACACACUUUCUGGGUGGAUGCAGAAAACUACGCCAAUCUGACACGGCCAUGGUUUGCGUCACGCUCGCCUUUCCCUCUUAACUUUCUCGUCCCUUGUCACCAUGCCAACACUGCCCUCUCCCGCAUCCUUCUAACCAAAGGAGAGGCGCCACUACACAGAAUCAGUGAGGUGGAGGGAAAGAUCUACAGUGAUGCUAAAGAGUGCCUGAAUCUCCUCUCCUACAGGCUGGGAACAGCAAACUAUUUCUUUGGCAACUCGCCGACCAGUCUGGAUGCCUUUGUAUUUGGUUUUGUGGCGCCACUCCAUAAAGCCAGUCUUCCAAGCAGCCCUCUGCAGAGCCACCUCAGACAGCUGGAUAACCUCACACGCUUCUGUGACACCAUCCUUGCGGUCUACUUCAGCUCAGACCAACCUUGUCCUCCCCCACCUGUUCAGGAAACUAUGGAUGCCAACCUGCAGAAACUAACUCAGCUUGUAAACAAAGAAUCCAACUUAAUAGAAAAGAUGGAUGAUAACCUUCGCAGCAGCCCUCAGCACAAACCCCACAGACCAGACCCCAAACCCAGUCUGGCCAGUGAGAAGAGCUCUACCCCUGCCUAACCCUUGACCUUACACCCCUGAUCCAGCCUUAGGAAUCGAGGAGGACCACCCCAUAGAUGAAAGGUGCUGACUCAACGUCCUGAAAUCAAAAAAUUGUCAUAAAGCUGAACUGCAACUUGAAUGGAAAAUAACAUUUCACAUCAUUAACAGGAAUAUGACUAUAUGAUUAUAAAAAGAGACUUUUUUUUACAGCAAGAUAAUGAUGAUAGAUUUCAAAGAUGUUUGUCUGAAAGAGAAGGAAAAGUGCUCUAGAGAGGUUUUUAAGAAGGUUGAGCGCAUGUAUGUGGUAAAGAUGGAAUGCUAUGAAGUGGUGUUCAAUGAGAAAGACACAGAAAGUUCAAAGGGAAGCCAGCCUACAGUUGAUGCACCAUAGAGAACAUGAAGAUAUUGAAGAGACUGUGGUCACUUAAGUAGAACAGUGUGGUGCUAGAGAACCUUAUGGCAAGAUUUGUUAAGUUAUGUUAAACCCAGUUUAUGAAUCUGUGUUUUUGUUAGAUCCCCAUCCUUCUGAGCACAUAUUAUUUCUAAUAUCCACAGUAAAAUGUUCUGCACUGUAAAUUCUAGCAUUUUAAUUAGGGUAAUGUACACUAUAUAUGCAGUCAUGACUAUAGGAAUGAACAACUACUUAUUUUGCUUUGCUUUCACCUCCUCUGUUGUGUAUAGUUUGUAUAGUUGUAAAUAGUUUCAUGAUUGAAAUCAAUGCAAUUUACUGGUGGUUUCUUCUAAUAGGGCUGAUCAGCUUGUUCACAAUCUUUGCUAGACACACUGAGGUAAUGGAAGGGCCUUACACACUGUAUUAACUUAUUCAUGCAAAAUAUUUGGGAUUAACGUGUUUAUUGUGUGUGUGUGUGUGUGUGUGUGUGUGUGUGUUUGUGUGUGUGUCUUUCAAUCAUUUUUUGUCUUUGUUGUCCAAGAUUGUGUGUGUUAUUAACAAUCCACUCACUUCUGUUGUUGCCAUGAUUUUCCACGACCAACAUUUACUUUGUUUUGAUUUUUUUUCUGCUGUAUUAUCAUUUGUGCCUAUUUAACACUCAUUCUGUUUAAAUUGAAGUGUCCGUCCUACAUGGGAAUGUCUCAUUAGCUGCCUUCUGAUUUCCUUUAUUUGUACAGUCUGAUUAUCUAGUACAGAAAUUGGACUGGGCUAUGAGUUGCCUGUUUUUUCUUUGUUUUUU